AUGCUGCGAAGUAUCUCUACAGCCUCAGCCUUCAGGCGCAGGGCUCUGCCCCCGCGUCGACCCCACUUGCUGCAGCAGCAACAUGCAGCAGCUGUACCACCAGCAGCAGCAGCAGCAGCAGCAGCAGCAACUUCAGGGGGGCAAGGAGGAGCAUCACCACUCUCUUUAAGCAGGUCUUUAGCUAGCCAAAUCCUCGAGGCAUGCGAUUACUAUGGCAUCGCCGUGCAGCAGGGAGUGCAGGAACAGCAGCAGCAGCAGCAGCAGCUCCUGGCUGAGCAGCAGCAGCAGCAGCAGCAGCAGCAAAAGGAGGAGAAGCAGCAGCAGGAGCAUAGUGUAGGGCUUCGCGUUAGUUUGUUGCUGCCUCCGUCCCCCUUGUCUUUUGCUGCAGUUGCUGCUGUUGCUGCAGUAGGGGGCGUGGCGGUGCCUCUGCCGUUUGCUGAUGCUGCUGUUGCUGCAGAUACAGCAGCAGCUGCAGCAGCAGCAGCAGGAGGCGUAGCUGCAGCAAGUGCAGCAGUAGUGAUGCCGCUGGCAGCAGCAGUCGAAGAUGCGGGGGGAGAAGUAUUUAUUACAAAGACAAAUGCAUGCAGCAGCAGCACGAUCUGCAGCAGCAAAUCCUUGCGGCUGCUGCAGCAGCAGCUGGCUCAGUCGAGGCCGCAGCUGCUGCUAGUACACCCGGCGCUUGCUGCUGCUGCUGCUGCUCUGUGUGAGCAGCUGGGGAUUCAUGUUUGUAUCUGCGGGGCGAGGACUCCAGUAGCAACCGACAUAUGCAUUGCCCAGCAGCAGCAGCAGCAGCAGCAGCAGCAGCAAGCGACACCAGCAGCAGCAGCAGCAGCAGCAGCAGCAGCAGCAGCGCGACUCUUUGUGAGACAGGUGCCUCUAUACACACGCAGGCUGGCAAUACAGACAAAGUGGGUCCCUCUAAGGACAGCGGAGGGAGGCCCCUUGGGGCCCCCUCGAGAGGUGAAGGAGGCGCUUGCUGCUGCUGAGAGCAGCAGCAGCAGCAGCAGCAGCAGCACUAGCAGCAAUACAAGCUGCAGCAGCCUGCUGGCUAGCGACGGGUGGGGGUUGCUGCUGGAGGCCAGCCGCUGCUGGGGGCAGCCGCGCAGUGUGCUGCUGCCGGCAGCAGCAGUGCAGCAGCAGCUGCAGCGCAGCAGAGAGCAGCUGCUGCAGCACGUAUUGCCAGGGCACGAGGCCGUUGUAGCUGCUGCUGCUGCUGCUCUUGUUAAGCCAAAGCUGCUGCUGGCAGCGGUGCUGCCACUGCUGCAGCAGCAAGCCAGCGUCCUGCUGCUGACGAGGCAGCAGAGACCGCCGCUGCCUCUACCUGCACAGGUGGCGCUGCAGCAGCAACCUGCUGAUGCUGCAGCAGAAGCACGUGCUGCUGAGACACCGCAGGCGCGAGCUGCUGCGGUUUGGCAGCUGCUUUUGCAGCAGCGGAAGCAGCAGCAGCAGCAGCAGCAGCAGCAGCAGCAGCGAUGCACGCUGGUCCUCGACAUAGAAACAGCUGAGGCAAUGUUGGCUCAUUACGAGCAUGCAGUAGCAGCAGCUGCUGCAGCAGCUGCUGCAGCAGCAGCACCAAGCAGUGCUUCUGCAGCAGCUGGGGAGGCCCCACUUGCUGCAGCAGCAGACCUUGCUGCUGCUGCGCAGCAGAUGAUUUGCUGCUGCAUCAUCUGCACCGACGAGAGCGACUUCAUUGUUAUGCCAGGCCACGCAGUCCGUGGCGCCAGCAGCAAGAGCAGCAGCAGCAGCAGCAGCAGCAGCAGCAGCAGCAGGAGCGGCAAUCCAGAUUCUGCUGUUUCAUCGCCAAAACCGGCAGUGCGGGUUGCUGCGACAGUCAAGGGGUGGGAGCUGCUGCUGCCGGCUGCUGCUGCAGUGCAGCACGUGCUGACCCUAACAGAAGUGGGCGUCGUAGCAGUGCAGCAGCAGCGUGGCCUAGCAGCAGAGGGUUCAGCUCCUCAUACGCAGCAGCAGCGAGCAGCAGCAGCAGCAGCAGCAGCAGCAGCAGGAGCAGGAGGAGAGGGACAGGCUGCAGGCGUACCUGUAGGCCGGUUGCUGCCGGGUGUUGCUGCAGUGACAGCAGCAGACGGCGCGCUGCUGUUCAGCAGCAGCAGCAUGUAUUUCGAGCGGCCCGUUGCAACAGAGAGUGCCUUUGGGGCCCCCGAGUCAUUGGGGGCCCCCGGGGGCCCCCCAGGUAGGUAUUUCAAGUCCGCGCUACUGGGGUGUAUAGACCCAGGCGGAGACGUGCGAGUGCUGGGGUGUACGUACAGCUCAGCACAGCUGCUGCAGCGGCCCCUGCUGCAGCGGCUGCAGCAGUGGCAGUGGGGGCUGCCCCGUAUGGAGCGCCUGAUUGAGGGCUAUGUACAUAAGGUGCCGAUCACAGGCAAAGAGUGGGGCAACUACCACGCUAAGAAAAGACACUGGAAACGCAUCUUCUAG